UGAAGAUCAGCCAUGGAAGAUUUGUGCAAGAAACUCUGGGCCACGUUCCAAAACGUGGGGAGAAGGCACGGAUGUGUUGGAAUGGGACAAGCAAUGUGCUCUGUUCAGGCUGUUUUGAUAACUAUGGCAUCCCAAGAUGAGAUUGCUCUCUUUGAAGAUGAAGUAAGAUCUUGUUACAACCACUUAGAAACAAUGACUGAUCUUGUAGCAGUUUGGGAUGUUGCCUUAAGUGAUGGUAUUCACAAGAUUGAAUUUGAACAUGGGACCACUUCAGGAAAACGUGUUGUGUAUGUAGAUGGAAAGGAAGAGUUAAGAAGAGAAUGGAUGUUCAAACUGGUGGGCAAAGAAACAUUUAGUGUUGGAGCUGCAAAAACAAAAGCUACGAUAAACAUAGAUGCAGUCAGUGGUUUUGCUUAUGAAUAUACUCUGGAAAUUGAUGGGAAAAGUCUCAAGAAAUAUAUGGAGAACAGAUCAAAAACAACAAAUACUUGGGUUUUACGUUUGGAUGGUACAGAUUUUAGAGUUGUUUUAGAGAAAGACACUAUGGAUGUUUGGUGCAAUGGUAAAAAAUUGGAGACAGCAGGUGAGUUUGUAGAUGAUGGAACUGAAACUCACUUCACCAUUAAUAAUCAUGAAUGUUAUAUAAAGGCUGUCAGUAGUGGAAAGCGAAAAGAAGGGAUUAUUCAUACUCUGAUAGUGGAUGAUAAAGAAAUUGCAGAGACUUUUCAGUGACCACCUGUUUAUGAAUUUGAUACUCACAAAGUAAAAAAAAAUCAGGGAUUUUAAAUUACUGUGGCAAUUUAAUUUGUAUUUCCCCAUACAUUUAGUCUAUACUAUUCUUAUUUUCUAGUUAUAUGAAAUUAAUGUUCUGUUUGAGGCACAGAGGAAGAAUUGAUUAUGUGUAACCUUAGAUAAUUCAAAUUAUUUUGUAAAUAAUGUAAAAUCUUAUAUAACACUGAGUAAAAGAAAAGAUGUGGACUAAAAUAGCAAAUGUUUUAAAGUGGGGAACUUUCACUAUAAUAAACUGCAAUAAAAUUGGUGCUGAUUUUUUUUUUAAGAAACUGAUAAACAUCUUUCAGCUCUUGAAGAUAGGUACUGUUUAUUUGAGUUUAAAACAGUUGGAACAUGGUGGAAUUCUAUUCUCAUUUUUAACCAAUUAAAUUAAUAUUUUCUUAAUAUUUUUCAUAGCAGGGAAUAUCUAA